AUGGCGACCACUGCAAUGGACUACGAGGCCGCUAAUGGCGACCGCUACGAAGACGAGGCUCCUCGCUACGAGCGCGAUAACAGAAGCGCCUCGCCUCGACCUGCGCGCGACGACGCUGGAAGCCGUCGCCGCUCCAUGUCCCCCUCUGGUGCCGAUUCCAGCAUCAAGGAUGCACCCGGUCCCAAGGACGACGACGAUGGUGCCAUCAACCCCGGCUCCAACCUCUUCGUCACCGGAAUCCACCCUCGCCUGUCCGAGGCUGAGGUCUCCAAGAUGUUUGAGAAGUAUGGCGAGGUUGAGAAGUGCCAGAUCAUGCGCGACCCCCACACCAAAGAAUCCCGUGGAUUCGGAUUCGUCAAGAUGGUCACCUCUGAGCAGGCCGAGGCCGCCAAGGAGGGUCUCCAGGGCGAGGUGAUUGAAGGCCGUACCAUGAGCAUUGAGAAGGCCCGCCGUGCCCGCCCUCGUACUCCCACACCGGGCAAGUACUUUGGCCCUCCCAAGCGAGACCCUCGUUCUCGCUUCGAUGAGCGCCGACGUGGCGGCUACGGAGGUGGUGGCUACUCUCGUGAUGACUACUACCGCUACCGCGGCAACGAAAGAGGCUAUGAUCGCAACUAUGAGCGAGGAUAUGACCGGCGAUACGAGGAGCGUGGUGCCGGUGGUGGUGGUAGCGGCAGCGGCAGCGGCUACGACCGCAGCUACCGUGAUGAUCGACGAUAUGACGACCGUAGCUAUGCGGGCAGAGACUCUGAUCGCAGCUACGACCGCGGCUAUGAGCGUCGCGACCGCGACGACAACUACGGUCGCGAGCGUUACGGCAACUCGCGCGAUGACCGCGGCGACCGCUACGGUGCCCGUGGCGGCAACAGCAGCGGCGGCGGAUACGACCGUGAUCGAUACGAGCGUACCGGUGACCGGGACGGCGGCCGAUCUCGAGAGCCUGCCGCCAGCGGUGGCCCAGCAUACGGCGAGCCUGCCUCUCGACCCGAGGCACGCGAGUCCUACGGAGGUUCGAUCUGA